GAGGACGCGGCUACUGCCCGGCGGCCUGUGGGCGGCAGCGGCCGAGCGCCCCGGGCGCGGCCCGACGGCAUGAAGGACCUGGACGCCAUCAAGCUGUUCGUGGGGCAGAUCCCGCGCCACCUGCACGAGCAGGACCUCAAGCCGCUCUUCGAGCAGUUCGGCCGCAUCUACGAGCUCACGGUGCUCAAGGAUCCGCACACCGGCGUGCACAAAGGCUGUGCCUUCCUCACCUACUGCGCUAGAGACUCGGCCAUCAAAGCUCAGACGGCCCUGCACGAACAGAAGACCCUGCCGGGGAUGGCGCGGCCUAUCCAGGUGAAGCCAGCGGACAGCGAGAGUCGCGGAGGUAGGGACCGGAAGUUGUUCGUUGGCAUGCUCAACAAGCAGCAGUCGGAGGAGGACGUGCUCAGGCUCUUCCAGCCCUUCGGUGUCAUCGAUGAAUGCACUGUGCUGAGAGGGCCCGAUGGCAGCAGCAAAGGCUGUGCCUUUGUGAAGUUCUCCUCCCACACAGAGGCCCAGGCAGCCAUCCAUGCCCUGCAUGGCAGCCAGACCAUGCCAGGAGCCUCAUCCAGCCUGGUGGUCAAGUUUGCAGACACGGACAAGGAGCGGACACUGCGGCGGAUGCAGCAGAUGGUGGGCCAGCUGGGCAUUCUGACGCCAUCCCUCACCCUGCCCUUCAGCCCCUACAGUGCCUACGCCCAGGCUCUCAUGCAGCAACAGACCACCGUCCUGUCCGCCUCCGGCAGCUACCUGAGCCCUGGCGUGGCCUUCUCCCCCUGUCACAUCCAGCAGGUCGGCACCGUCAGCCUUAACGGUCUGCCCACCACACCCAUCACCCCUGCCUCUGGGCUACACUCGCCCCCACUGCUGGGCACCACUGCUGUUCCUGGCCUUGUGGCACCCAUUCCCAGUGGCUUUGCUGGAGUCGUGCCCUUUGCUGGUGGCCACCCUGCCCUGGAGACCGUGUAUGCCAAUGGCCUUGUGCCCUACCCAGCCCAGAGCCCCACCGUGGCAGAGACCCUCCAUCCGGCCUUCUCUGGAGUCCAGCACUUCACAGCCAUGUACCCCACGGCGGCCCUCACGCCGGUGGCGCACGGCGUCCCGCAGCCUGCACACGUCCUGCAGCAGCAGCGGGAAGGUCCCGAAGGCUGUAACCUGUUUAUCUACCACCUCCCCCAGGAGUUUGGAGACACGGAGCUGACGCAGAUGUUCCUGCCCUUCGGCAAUAUCAUCUCCUCCAAGGUGUUUAUGGAUCGGGCUACCAACCAGAGCAAGUGUUUCGGAUUCGUGAGCUUUGACAACCCAGCCAGCGCACAGUCGGCCAUCCAGGCCAUGAACGGCUUUCAGAUUGGGAUGAAGAGGCUCAAAGUCCAGCUGAAGAGACCCAAAGACCCGGGACACCCGUACUGACUGUGCCCAUAGCCGCCCCGAGCCGUGGGUGUGGCUCCAGGUGAUGCCCUGCCCCAGCCCGGGUCUCCUCUAACUCCUCUCACUCUGAGCUCACUCUCUGAAUCCUGGGGAGGGGGGUGGAAGUGACACCCCAAGAGGCUGGUGGGGACAGACACAGGCCUCCCCAUAACCUUGUGGCUGGGGUGGUGCAGAGGGUGGGAUUGGGUGGGAAGUGGGGAGAUGCCAGUGUCUCCCAUCAAGGGGGGCUCUGCAAUAGGGUUUUGGAGGGGUGUCACUGGGGUGUGGGGUGUGAUGGGGAGCUUCUAUCCUGUGAGGAUGUUCUCCCAGCUGAGAAACCAGAGGAAAUAUGUUCCGCACAGCCCACUUUGGGUCCCUAGUGUCCAGUUCAGCUUGAAACAGGGUGAAGCACAGGAAGGUGGGUUCAUCUUGACAGCCUUCCAGUUCCCCACUUCCAUCCCUACUGGCUGCAGUGAACCCUGGCUUCCUCUCUUCUGACCUCAUCCCCAAUGUGUUAAAAAAAAACAACAAGGAAUGAAUUGCCACUCACAGUCACAAAAACAAACACCAACAAAAACAAAUACUCAAGAAGAAAAACACCCAAAAGUCAAAUUUCCCCAUUGUGGGGGGGACUUUAUCAGCAGUUUCCUUAGGGACUGAACCCUCACAGCUGAUUUUAAACUGUGGUGUUAACUGCACAAUAGUCCCACGAGGAGGUGACGCCCAUACAGCACAAGCCGCACCCGCAGAGCUUGGAUGAAUUUGUUUUGAUUCUUUUUUAAUCACAGUUUUGAUUCUUUUUUAAACACAGCUGCCAAGAGGCCUCGCCUGGGGUCUUUGGGGAUGUAGGUGGUCUUUUGCCUGGUUGUGUUUUUUUGUUAUUAUUAUUAGGAAAAGCGUCAUUCAGGAACAAUAAAAACAGACCUCAACUUCCCCUUUACUUAACUCAGCUACUCAGAUUUUUGGCAGAUUAUCUGCUGGGUACUGGGUUCAGUCCAGCGCACUUUUGGAAUGCGCCUGGGAAGGAGGGAACCCUUCCUGGGGGUUUGGCAGGAAUAUGUCCCCAGUCACCAGAUGGAGCCACCUGGAUGGUAACUGUUUUCUAAAUGGAGUUCGUUGACCUCCAAGGCGCCGUUAUUUUGAAAAAAAAAAAAAAGGAUUCCCAGGCAA